CGGACCAUCUCCACCCGCCCACCACAGGACAAUUUUGAAUUCUGUGUGGACUCUGGAAUGAAAUUCAGCAAUCUUCAAUUCGCAUCCCGAAAAGUUCGACCGCCAUACUAACCGAACCACAAAACAGGCACAGUGAGUCUUGUCUUGCCAUACAUUCGUUGAGAUCAAUACUGACAUUCGAAAAGAUGGGUCGUCUUCAAGAGUACCAGGUCAUCGGGCGCCUCCUCCCCACUGAGGCCAACCCCGCCCCCAAGCUCUACCGCAUGCGCAUCUUCGCCCCGAACGAUGUCGUUGCCAAGUCCCGUUUCUGGUACUUCUUGUCCAAGCUCAAGAAGGUCAAGAAGGCCAACGGUGAGAUCGUCUCGUUGAACAAGAUCCACGAGAAGCACCCUCUCAAGGUCAAGAACUUCGGUGUCUGGAUUCGAUACGACUCCCGCUCCGGUACCCACAACAUGUACAAGGAGUACCGUGAGCUGUCAAGAGCCGCCGCUGUCGACUCUCUCUACCAGGACAUGGCUGCCCGCCACCGUGCCCGUUUCGGCUCCAUCCACAUCCUCCGUGUCGUCGAGAUCGAGAAGACCGAGGACAUCAGACGCCCUUACAUCAAGCAACUCACCACCAAGGGCCUCUCUUUCCCUCUGCCCCACCGUGUCCAGAAGAUUAGCACAAGCAAGAUCUUCAGCGCUACCCGCCCUUCGACUUUCGCAUAAACGGGGUUGCGCGUGUGUUGGGGAAAAUCUGGGAAUUGAAAUGCAGUGGUUCUGGUCUCUGCUGGUGUUUAAAGGUUCAUGCGGAAUUGUCUUUACGCUAGCAUAAGCUCUCGGUAGUUAGAGCUGAAACCAUCCAUCAAUACGGUUCAUGACAAACAUUUAAAACCUGUCCCGUUCGCAAGCGAAAGCUGGAUAUGUACAUCUCACAUGAAAGUCCGAGUCGGAACAUAUCAACCAGAGUUGCCGGCCCGAUGGAGUAUACCGAGAGAUUUGAUCUGUAUAUUUGAUACUGGCGGUCUGAGCACAACCGCCCAUGAUUAAAUACGUGCUAGCAUUGAUAUGGGAGUACAUAUAUUACACUAUA